UUACCUACAGCCCCUUGUUCUUCCUCAAAUUAACUUGGCUCCAAAAACUUUGCCGUGGCGUCCAACCCCGAACUCGCUAGCCAGGUCCUCCACAGUCCACACACAGUCGUGCAUAGCUACAGUGAUAUGUGGGAGGAAGAGAUGCACCUGGUUGUCCAUGACCUGAAGAGAGAUGAGAGGGUGAGGACGAAGGGACUGGUUAUUAUGAAGCGCUUGCAAUUGAUGUUGUACAGUACAAUGUCAUCUACCCAAAACCAGAUGAGCCGUGAUUUGUGUGAAGGGGCUAGGGGUUGAAAGAGACUUCAACGGCGUCAAGUCUAAGCUUAUGCUUCGUAAGUCUUAAGUGCAGUAAAACGACGAGUUUAACUCAAAACAAUCUGCACCCUUUAUAUUUUUACAAUAGAUGUACACUGAAGCCAGAUCCAGUUGUACCGGCCGGCCCAUCUUCUCUUCUCUCAAAUCAAAUGCUCUGCUCCCGCCUCCCAAGAUCACCCUCCUCCUCCUUGUUAGGAGCACUAUUCUUAUUCAAAUACGGAGGCCAACGGCUGAUAUCUACCACAGCAGCUCCAGACCUGGUUUAUUUGCUAAAGCGGUGCUCCGACCUCAACCACAUAUUCCAAACCCACGGCUACAUGGUUCUCAGAGGCCUUGACCAGGACAACCUCCUCCUUAGCCGAUUCAUUGCCGCCACCUCCUCUUUGGGCUUCUCCGAUUACGCUUAUUCAGUCUUCACCCACAAAGCACAACCGGACAUAUAUCUCUAUAACACCAUGAUCAAGGCUCUCUCUGAGAGUCUCUGUCACACUCACUCUGCCAAAGCGGCCAUCUUUCUCUAUAACAGAAUUCGAUUCGCCGGCUUACGACCCGACACUUACUCUUUCCCUUUUGCACUCAAGGCCAUUGUUCGACUAUCCGCGGUUAGAUUCGGAAGAGUUAUUCACUCUCAAACUAUAGCCACUGGGUUGGACUCCCAAGUUAAUGUGGUCACGGCCCUGAUUCAAAUGUAUUCCUCCUGUGGAUGUGUUCCCGAUGCCCAGAGACUGUUCGACGGGGUGACAUUUAGAGAUGUGGCCCUGUGGAAUGCAAUGGUUGCAGGUUAUGCUAAGCUUGGUGAUCUAGACACUGCGCGGGAGUUGUUCGAGCGCAUGCCUGAAAGGGAUGUGAUUUCUUGGACUGCAGUCAUUUCAGGGUAUGCUCAGAUGUCCCGUCCUGACGAAGCGGUCUCGGUCUUCCGCAGAAUGCAACUUGAGGAUGUGGAGCCUGAUGAAAUCGCAAUGGUGGCUGUACUCUCUGCAUGUGCCCAAUUGGGGGCCCUCGAGCUAGGGGAAUGGAUUCAUAACUACAUAGAAAAACACGGCUUAUACAAGAUUGUUCCUCUUAACAAUGCACUCAUUGACAUGUAUGCAAAAUCGGGCAACAUUACGAAAGCAUUAGAAGUUUUUCAAAGUAUGAAGCAUACUAGUGUCAUAACUUGGACAACGAUUAUUGCUGGACUGGCUCUGCAUGGACUUGGAAGAGAAGCUCUUGAUUUGUUUUCUCGCAUGGAAAGCGCUAGAGUUAAGCCAAAUGAAAUCACUUUCAUCGCCAUCCUUUCUGCUUGUAGCCAUGCUGGAUUGGUCGAAGUGGGGCGCUGGUAUUUCAACAACAUGGGAUCAAGAUAUGGCGUUGAACCACAAAUUAAACACUAUGGCUGCAUGAUCGAUUUACUAGGACGAGCUGGUUACCUCCAAGAGGCACGAGAACUAGUUAGGCAGAUGCCAUUUGAACCAAAUGCUGCUAUAUGGGGCUCUCUUCUUGCUGCCUCUAAUGUUCACGGUGAUGCCGAUCUUGGAGAGCAUGCUUUGCGGCAUCUCUUAAAUUUGGAGCCACAUAACAGUGGAAACUAUGCACUUUUAUCUAACAUAUAUGCUGCUCUUGGUCGGUGGAAUGACUCUGGGAUGGUAAGGAAGGUGAUGAGAGACACGGAUAUAAAGAAGAUGCCAGGUGGGAGUUUCAUUGAAGUGAACAAUAGGGUUCAUGAAUUCAUUGCAGGAGAUAAAUCACAUCCGCAGUUCGAUAGGUUAUAUGAAGUUCUAUGUACGAUAAAUGGACAUUCGAAGAUGGUUGGGCAUGUGCAAAAAGGAGGCGGUGGGCUGCUUGAAUAAGUAAUCAGGAUUAUAUACUAUUUAGAACAUAUGGUUUUGAACUAGCUUUGAGUACCAUUAGGGACGUAUGCCAUAACCACCUGCACAGCCAUUGCCUCAUGAAUUAAAAACUCAAUUUAUUCCAACUCAUUGAGAAGAUUUGACCUUAAACUUGUUUAAACAAGAUCGGAUGAGCGACAUCAAUUUUUUUGGACUCCUAUGCAGUUGGGAGCCAUUUUCAUAUUAUAAGAUGUCCUACCUGACGUACUCGAUGUCGUGGUCAUGAAGGAAGCUUCGGUGCAUCAGCAUGUUUUCGCCUGCCAUUUCAUCAACAAAGCAGAUUUCUCAUUGCAACUUCCUUCUCGUUCCUUUUUUCCUGCUUUUGAAAAUUUCACCUCAGUGGUCAUAUCAAAUUUCACAAGAUCAAAAUGGAUAUAAGAAGCAACAUUAAGCAUCAGUCGCCAUGAAGCUUGGAAAUGGCAAUUCUAGCCAAUAACCAGAUCUUCUUCUUUGGGACUAACAUGGACAAGCAUCAGCGUUUUUGAACCCUCUCCUGAAGUUAGGAAGAUGUUGGAUGAAGGCAAGAGAAAGUUUCUAUUAGGCUGAUAAACAAGAACAAUCAUAUGCAUGCCAGAAGCACUGAUAGGAGGGGAACAUUCCAAUGAAAUAUUCAUACCGUCUCCCUCCCUAGCAGAAAUUUACGUAGAAUUAUUUCCAUAAAUAAAUGUGACUAUGAAAGAAGAGAUACAUGUUUACGUUUGCUCCAUGAGUUUCCCAAGUGGCACCCUUGAAUGGUAAAAACAGACCACCACCCAUCCCAUACCAUAUAUAUGAUUAAGGUUGGGAGUGGCUUGUUAGGGCUUGUGAUUAUUGUUCUCUCCCAACUUUGACUAUAUGGUAUGAUAUAAUGACUAGAUUGACCAUUUCGCA